GUCAUAUGCCAAAUACUUUUCAUUUCAUACUUCAGUUGUGGUGUUAGGUUUGCCUUUUUCGUGGACAUAUUCACGGAAAUAGGAAUGUUAUUUGCUAAGUGCUGCAAAAAAGUAAUAUAUACUGUUGAUUGACGAAGGACCCACGUGUUUUUGACACACCUGUUUAAUCAAAAACUCAAGAUUCCACCGAAAAACUUAAUCGAACCCAGAGGGUGGCUGCCGAAGAUCUUUCCAAGUGCUUUAAAACAAAAAUAAUAAUGGCCAAAUAUCGAGUUGAUGAAGAAAAAUCUAAAACAAAAGGCAAAUCGGUAGCUAAAAAUGCUAUUUCUACAAAUAGCGGCUUUUUUGUGAAAACUAGUAAACAACGAUUGUACAAUAAACGAGCCACUUGCGAUAGUAGUAAGGAAGUUGAAACAGGACAUGAGAAAAAACCAUUUGAUAAGAAAUUAUAUCGCCUAAAGAAAUACAGUAAAAAGUAUAAAUUACAGCAAUGGGAAGAUAUCAGGAAGAAAACAGUGUUGAAAGAUUUUUAUAAACAAGUCAAAGAUACUGAUAGUGAAUUUGAUGUUGCAAAAAUUUAUAAUGAUCCCAAAUAUAGAGAUUCUGAUGAGGAUCAAGAUGAUAAUAAACUGGAAGAUAAUGCAACUGCUAAAACUGCUUCCUCAGAAUCAGAUGUGGGUGGAAACAAUAAAUUGAAACCUUUCCGUAGGGCUCUCGAUACAUUUAAAAGGAUUAAAAGUGACAAAGCAAAAGAGAAAGAAGAAUUUUUAAAGAGGAAAGCUGAAAAAGAGGAAGCUUUAAAACAAUAUCGAAGGGAAAAAGCAUUGAAAUAUAGACAACUAUCUAAAAAAACAAAAAAAGGACAGCCUGUCAUGAAAUAUAGGAUGGAGAUGUUGUUGGAAAAGAUUCAAAAAAUGAGUUAAUUCAAUAUUAAUGUGUAUUAUUUUUGGUCUUAAAUGUUUUUAUUCCUGAUAUAUAUACAGGUCUUUGUUUUUAAUAAACUUGUACCAUUUGUAGGUCACGUUUUUUUUUAAAUUAUGUAAUUUAUUAGCAAUAUUUGUAUUGUUUAUAAUUUAUUAAGAAAUAAAUUACAGAACAUUUUUAUCCGGCGAGGUCACAGUUAACAGUUGUUUAGUUUUGUUAAAAUUAAAAAUGGCAAAAGAUAAUCACAAAAUGAGCUAAGAGAUUCGGGAAAUAUCAACUAAAUAUCAAUUCAAUAAAAACAAAUUUAAGAGUUCACAGAGUUAUCAAUUAACAAAAUUAAAAUACCCUUAGGCAAGUGUAUUAUACAUUGAAUCACAUGCCAACUGAAUGACUAGAGGAUAUAAUUUAUUUUGAUAUUUUGUAUGCUAUAUAGAAUUUUAAUAAUUUGAAACAUUAUCUGCCGGUCUUUAAAGUACUAUAACUACUUUCAGUGAUAAUGCCACGAUAAAUAUUACAUAUCUUGUGAAGAAUGUGAUCAAUAUUUAUUUCGGCUGUAUCUACAUAUCACACCCCAAUUUCACAGGAAAGCCAAAACAAAAACGAUUAUAAAUGAAAUGUUUUCUGUAUCAGUUCAUUCAGUACUUAGGUGUAUCAAAUUCGGUGUACAUACAGUUUGAAGAUAUCUUUACUGAUUAGUGAUGUAAAAUGUGAUGUUGAUGUUAAUUUUAUUUAGAGUUGUUCAGUUCGGACUAAAAUGAAAUAUGACUUUAUUCCUAUUUUAGUUUAAUGUAAAAAAAUAACACGAAAAUAUCAAACCCAAAAAUGAUUGGACUUUUUACUUACUGUUGGUGUACAAUUUUUUCAUUAAAAUCCUCGGCAGAAAUUAAAA